AUGGACCGAACUAGACAACCCAAAAUACUCAGAAGCUGGCUUUCAGUUAUCACCAUCAAUCUUGGAGAUGCAAUUAAGGUUCUGAAUGGAUUGACUCAACAUCUCUCAAGCACCAAGUAUAAUCUUGGGAAGAGUGCUCAGGAGAGUGUCCUGGAUAGGCUGCCGAAAAGUACCAAAGAAGAACUUCUGCAUCAUUGGACAUCUAUUCAGGAAUUGCUUAAGCAUUUCUGGUCAUCAUAUCCAAUUACAACUUCAUACCUUUAUGAUAAGGUUAGCAGAAUCAAGGAUGCAAUGUCGCAUAUAUAUCCCAAGCUUCAGGAGAUAAAGGAAUCUGUGCAGUCGGAUUUCCGACAUCAAGUAUCUCUUCUUGUUCAACCCAUGCUCCAGGCUCUAGAUGCUGCCUUUGCAUACUAUGAUGCAGACCUGCAGAAGAGAUCCACAAGGAGUGGGGAUAGACCAAAUGGAUUUGUCUAGGGGAAUUGUGCAUUUUAUCACAGCACUUCCACCAUAUCAGUAUGUGUAUAUAUGUAUUCUAUUAAAUUUUGUGUUUGCGGCAAGGAAAUCCCAAUAAUUUCAUACAUCAUUUGAGAAUUUUAUUAUUAUUUUACUAUUA